AUGCUCGGCGGUCGGCAGCUCGCCACCAAGGCUGGAAGGAAGGCGCUGCGCAAUGCUUCGAACAGCCCAAUAGUAUUGCAGAGCACCCAGCUGGAUGCUCUGGUGCCCACCUUUCUUUGCCCAGCGAUCGAGCUUCGCCUGCCAAGGGGAACAGUCCUACCGUCAGUUGGGCCUUCUUCCUCCUCCUGCUCCUCCUCGAGGCUCUACUCUUCUUCAAGAAGUUAUGAUACCAUAAGGUCAGCGAUAGUUGGCAAUAGAUCCGCUUCGAGCUUGUCCUCCUCCGAUCGCCGCAGCUAUUACUUCCAAGCAGCAGCCGUCACACGCCCCGAAUAUGCUUCCACUAACGAGCAUUCUAUGCCACAACGCGGUCAGUCACAGCUUUGGCAGGGAGCACGCGGAGAAGCACACCAGCAGCAAGGCACGAGUCGCAUCGACCCCGAAGAACUAAUCCGGUUUGCACCUGCUUCUUUGUCCGAUUGGCGGCGAAAGUUUCCAAGCACACAAUGGAGAAGGGAGAUGGACUUCAACCGGUACAGCCCGCCUCUGAGAAGGAGUCACCUUCCCGAGGAUGCCCCAGCUUUGUAUGAAGACGAAGUCAAGGCAUCAGCUGCAUGGCUACCUGACUCUCGAUGGACCUUGAGACUGCCCGACGACUACCCAGUUCGGCACGAACUCUUCCUCGUUCUCGACAGCUUGGACGACAUCUCGCAAAGCGCUUCCGACCCAGAUUGCGCAGGGCUGCUAACCGAAACACUUCGACAAGCCAGAGAGCUCAUCUGGUCCAAUCCUGAGCAUCCUCUGCGGCGCAGAGGGGAACGCGAAGCUGCACUGUAUCUGGCCGGCAAAAUUGCCGAGACCUUUAUCAAAUUGGACGCCGAGGACUCGUUGAACCGUCUCAUGACUUUCCUUGAAUACGUUCGAACGCAGAUUGGCGUCUUGCCCCUGUCCUGUUUCCAUGCUCUUGCAGCUCGAUCCGGUAUCGCACGAAGGUACGACGCAAUGCUCAAGAUCUGUCAAGUGGCACAAGAGCAUCAUAGCGGCAAAGCAGACGCCGAGCUUUUGCAUCUUCGACUGCGAGCGCUAAUUGCACAGUCCAACGAUGUCGAUCUUACUCGACACUGGGAUCAUUUCAGCGACGCUGACGUUUCUGUACCGCGCAAGACGUUUGAUCUUCUGCUGCGCACCCAUGUGCGACGACAAGACAUCGCCCAAGUCAACGAGGUACUCGAAGCUAUGCCGCAGCAUGGACAUGAGGUUGAUGCCAAAGCGUGGCUUACCAUCCUUCGAGGCUUUCAGAGCUUCAGACCAACGCUUGCCACUAUGCUCAGGCGAGACGCAAAGAUUGUUCAUAGCCCAACACUGAACGUGGUCAAUCGACUUUUGGUGCUGCUGUCCAAGGAGCUUGACGUGGAUGGUGCGAUGAUGGUGAUGCGCAUCUUCCGCAUACCUUCUAUCAGGAUGCGAAACGAGACCACAGCCGGCUCGUCUACCGAGGGAACCGAGAUGCUGAUCGUCAACGGCCCUAGCCCGGAGCCCAAUGUGGAGACGUAUGCUAUCAUGACGGAGAUGUUUGGUAGACUCGGACGCAUCUAUGAAGCUCGCUCCUUCUUUCGAUUGGCGCUGUCUCUCUGCAGCGAGGAAGCGCACGCAGAUGCUUUUGUAGAGAAGGCAUUACAACAAGCGUCUAGGUGGGUGAUGUAUGCCUUUCUCAAUGCCGGACAUCCUGUCCGUGCCAUGGCCUUCGCAGCCGAAGUGUUUAGCCUGCCUUACUUUAAUAUGGACGAGGGCAAAGCCGCACCGGUGAUACAAUUCGAUCUGCCGCAAACGCUAUCUAACAUCAAACUGACCGCUACGACAGUGCACUAUCGGACCUUGCUGGAGUGUGCAUCUGCGAUUGGAUCUGCCAAGACUGCCAGGAGGAUCAUUGUGUAUGUUUUGGAGCAAGGACACGAAAUCGACAAGGAGGUGCUUUGUGGUUUGGCGAGGCUGAUCUUUUCGACGAUCGACAAGGAUGCAAUCAAAUCAAUUCGGUUCAUCCAACGCCUGCUGCCUCAAGGUGAAAAUUCUCCCAAAAGCAAGCGAGUACAACGACUCGAGUCGCUCUCGGACAUGUUGCAGCAUCUCGGCACACCUGACAAGGUCAUAUUGGCAUCGCAGCAUUCGACCGACUUGAGUCGCAGAAAUUGGGAUAAUGUUGGCACAAAAGCAAAACGCAGCACAAAAGCAAAAUGCAGCACAACAGUGCAAAGCAACACAGCUACCACCGGCAAGAUUGCAAUCUCAACAAAAGACGGGCUGAGGGACUGGCUCAUCGAAGAUUCGCGCUCCUCCUCUUUGUUUCGGGGCUUCAUGCCUGCAGACGACGCUGGUCAAGACAGUAGGCCUGCAAUUUCACACGACCUCAGUCGACCUCUUUCAUCAGCAGCCUAUGCUAUACGCAUCCGAGUCUAUGCUGUGGUCCGUCGUGACUACGAGUCAGCCCAAAAAGUGUAUCAUGCAAUGUUGGCGCACAAUGUCAAGCCAACAAUGAUGCAUAUCGCUCCACUCAUUGAAGGUUAUACCGCGGUUGGCAAGCUGAACGAAGCGCAGCAGCUCAAACGCAACGCUAAAGAGAUCACCGGGUUUCAGCCCACGCUUCGCAUCCACACUGCGCUCAUUCGGGCCUACAUCCGUGCCGGAGACUCCACAUCGGCACGCAAGGAGAUCCAAGAACUCACGGACAAUGGAUAUGAAAUUGAUGACGCCAUCGCCAACAUCAUCGAGGCUGGUCAAAUGGGCCGAGGCAACUUCCCGCUCGUUGAACGACCCAUUGAUCCGAAAGACUGCCAUAGCGUCACCACGCGUUUCCACGCUCUCAUGCGUAUGCGUCGCUAUCUGGCCGCGCAAGAGCUGAUCCAAUCGGCUCUCGAUUCCGGCAUGCGACCCGACAAAGUGCUGUACGAUCUGGUGCGACGCUCAGUCUCGUACGUUGAGAAGGAAUUUGCGAAAGCACUUGGCCAGCGAAAAGAGGCGACCGCACUCCGACGCGCAAACCGUGCUUGUCAGCCUUCAAGAAAAGGGGCUGCACCACAACCAGCCGUAACUCAAACUGAAAGCGAGAUACGAGCGCACUUCUACGAGCUCACCCAAGCAAAGCGACUUGCCACAGUGAACAAAGCACGAAUCCGAAAAGAAGGUCAACCUAAGUCUGAAGUUGGGGGAAACAGGAUGAAAAAGCACCGAAAGAAGGUUAUCUCACUUGUCAUGGAGUUUGCUGAUGGCAAGUUGCACAAAUUGGCCAGACAGAAGAGGAAAGAGCGAUGA